CUCUUCAGGACGGAAAGUGGGAGUGCUAGAAAGAGGGAUUCCGAGUUGGUGUACCGUUCCAAAAUAUUUUUCCAAGUCGAAGAUCGUUUGUUUCCGAGUUCCCAGUUGUCUUGAAUACACUGAUGUCGGAAGUCGGAGACCUUCGAGUUCCGAGUUCCCAGUGGUUUUGAACGCGGCAUUAGUUGAUCUUUCCCUCCCCUCCGACCUGUCACGGUCCUCCACCUCCCGACAUCUUCGACACACUCGAACAUCUACAGAUAUGUCCGACUUCUCAGAAGAUCAAAUCAUGGAGUUUAAGGAGGCCUUCCUCCUCUUCGAUAGAACCGGUGAUGGAAAGAUCAGCUACAGUCAGUGUGGUGAUGUCAUGAGGGCGUUGGGACAGAAUCCUGUCAACUCUGAGGUCCUCAAGGUCCUGGGCAACCCCAAGGCUGAAGAGAUGAACCACAAGAUGCUUGACUUUGAGCAGUUCCUGCCUAUGCUGCAGGCCAUCGCUAAGAAUAAGGACCAGGGCUCCUUUGAGGAUUUCGUUGAGGGACUGCGUGUCUUCGAUAAGGAGGGCAACGGAACUGUAAUGGGGGCAGAGUUACGGCACGUCCUCACCACACUAGGAGAGAAGAUGACGGAGGAGGAGGUAGAGACACUUCUUACUGGACACGAGGACGCUAAUGGCUGUAUCAACUAUGAAGAACUCGUCCGGAUGGUCAUGAGCGGUUGAAGAUCAAGAAGAAACAUUCCUUCCUUUGUUAGUUUAUUUCACCCUGUUUAUUUCUGUUACAUAUUCAACUAGCUUCCAUCCCUCUCCUCCUGCCUGCUCCCUUUGUUAUCGUAUUAUGUCUUCACUUGUCCUUUACAGUCCCACGUUCAGACCAUGAUGACCCAAGCUAUGUUAAUGGCCUGGCUCUUUCAAUUAAGAAUAAGACCAACUUGCAUGUAACUAGACGCUUGUGUGCUGCUGGCGUGACCUGCAAUAACAUUCCCAGAUACAAACAAUUCAAUCUGGUUCCAGAUCUGUUUGAUGUCUUGGGACCAGGUUAUUUAAUACCUAUCCUUGGACAAUGAUUAUUGUAAUGCAAUACAUGGCUUGGCUGAGUCAGUGGGAAGGGACUGUGUUGUGGUGGUGGGUGACCAAUUACCUAUUAUUGUCUAAGACUUAGCCUGGGUCCCAGACCUGUAUGUGCUGUCUUGCCAACUCUGUCAUUGGCAUGACAUUGACAGCAAUGUAGUUGGCAGGACAGCACAAAGUGAUCUGAGACCAGGCUAGCGAAGACUUGCGUUGGCUGGGAAUGUCUUCCUUCUAUUGCUGUGCAGUUUGUUAGCCAAUAUGUAUAUGAAGCCAUACAUUAUGCCUAUGUACAAAUGCAAUGAACAGUUCAGUGGAUUUUUGUUUUAUUCUCCCUUUAUUUGUUGCAGCAUUCAAAUAAAAUAUUUUUGGAAAACUGAAA